AAAUUUUCCUAAAUUCCCAAAGCUAGGUGUGAUAAACAUCACUCACGGUUAAUUGUCGAGUUCUGUUCCUUAAUAAAUGUAUCGAUACAUAUAUAGUUGUACAGAUUGAACUCGAAGAUGAGUCUGGUGUAGACUAUGAUUGAAUUGAUCGUCAUCGUAGCUCUGGUAUUGGCUUUAGGGUUAGCUCUUGCCAUUGUUUUCGAAACUUUCAGAAGACGGUAUAAUUACAGUCACGUUGAAGCUCCUCCGAUCUUCGAGGAUCCAAAUUCAUCGAAACCCGUUCCAUGUCCUCAUAUUUUUUAUCCUGCUGAAAAAUACAUAUCGUUGAUUGUUCCUGCAUUCAAUGAAGAGCAUAGGCUUCCUGGAGCUCUUCAUGAGACCUUGAAUUAUCUUCAACAACGUGCAGCCAAGGACAAAUCAUUUUCUUAUGAGGUGGUAGUUGUUGACGAUGGAAGUGCUGAUGGAACAAAGAGCGUAGCUUUUGACUUUGUAAAUAAAUACUCAGUAGACAAUGUAAGGGUUAUCCUUCUUGGAAGAAACCAUGGCAAGGGGGAAGCUAUAAGAAAAGGAAUGCUUCAUUCACGUGGUGAACUACUGAUAAUGCUGGAUGCAGAUGGGGCGACCAAGGUUAAUGACCUAGAAAAACUUGAAAAUCAGAUCCAUGCACUUGCUAAAGAAGACGCCGUUUUGGGAAUUCUUCAGCUAGUGAUUUGACUUUAAGAAUCUCAGAUGUCCCAAUUGCUGCAUUUGGUUCUCGUUCUCAUCUUGAGGAGAAGGCUCUAGCAACAUUUACCUAUGUUUCAGAGGAAGUGGUACCGCAACUUCUUGAUGAAGGGUUUCCAUGUUGUUGUCCUUUUGGCUGCUGGAUCUGGAAUUCGUGAUACGCAGGUGGUGCUUUGAUGUCGAGUUAGUCUAUCUAUGCAAAUGUUUUCGCAUCCCUAUGAUUGAGAUAUCUGUUAACUGGUCAGAAAUUCCUGGAUCCAAGGUAAACCCCUUAAGCAUUCCCAACAUGCUGUGGGAGCUGGCACUGAUGUCUUUAGGAUAUAGGACUGGCAUCUGGAAAAUAUAUAUCCGAGUCAUUUAGCAAUAAAUCAACUUUACGCAGCAUUACGUUUCAGAGCGUCACUUGAUUUAAUACAAUGCAGAGUAAGAAGUCACAUCUCCUGAUUACCUUAUGAAUGUGCAUCUGCAGCUUGUAACUUAUUUGAGCUGCUAAUCGAGCCAAGUCACAUGUUGUUUGAAUUGGCCUUGUUUACGAAACAAACCUAGAAACCCAAUAAAGUUCAGUUUAUUUUUGAUUUAAAGGAGCCGAAUGGACCGAAGAAAGGCAAUUGUAGGACAUGUCCGCUAAAAAUUGUUGCAGAUAACAUGAGCAUCAUGACUCUGUAUGGCACUAGGAGUUUUGAUCGACUACAUGGCCAGACGUUGACGCAUAUGAGUAAUGAGAUGGCCACCCCUUAUGGGACCUGGACCUGGGCCUGGGUCUGAAGGACUAUGUCUGGCUUAGAUAAGAUACUCCAGUAGAUCAUCAAAUUCCCCAAUUGAAAGGACCACUGCAAUUGGAAUGGCAUUUUCGAUGCUACUGCCAUCAUUGGGCUGUCCAUUCUCUGCGGAUCUAUCUCCAUUCUCUGCCCCUCUAAUUUGAACAUGUUGGUCCCGAAUUCUGGUGGUGGUGAGUCAAUUACUAGUGAGUGAUGGUUAUGGGUCUUGGUGAUGGGGUGGUGAUGCUGUUGUGGUUGGCGGGAAGGUUUCUUAUGGGGUGUGUUUGUGUGCGUGUGGAUGUUCUGUGAAAGAUUUUUGGCUUAGUUCAUAGUAAUAUGGGGACUACUGUUUGAAAAUAAGCAUGGGAAAUGGAACAGUACAGACCUUUGUCAUUUGUCAUUCAAUUACCAGU